UGGAGUCCGGAGAAAGGUUUCACGUAUCAUUGGGAGAAGGAUUCCAGGCCCUCGUGCUUCUACUAGCAUAUGGGAUACCUGAGGGCUUGCAGAGGAAGACUCAAGGGCUGGCAGCUGAAGGCCUAGCUCUCAGCUUACCCCAAUUGUCCUACUAUUUCACUUCUUGGCCCCACAUAAAAGUCUAAAACAUGCUCUAGCAAGAGGAGGAAAAAAAUCAAAUAUACAAAUCAAAUUAAAACCUUAUACACCAGUCCUGGAAGGCACGGAAACAACAUCAGCAUGUUGUUGUCCAAGUCGACCAUGGUUCUAGGUUACUGGGAUAUUCGCGGGCUGGUGCACGCCAUCCGCAUGCUCCUGGAGUUCACCGAUACAUCCUAUGAGGAGAAACAGUACACGUGCGGGGAAGCUCCCGACUAUGAUAGAAGCCAAUGGCUGGAUGUGAAAUUCAAGCUCGACCUGGACUUUCCUAACCUGCCCUACCUUAUGGACGGUAAGAACAAGAUCACCCAGAGCAAUGCUAUCUUGCGCUACAUCGCUCGCAAGCACAAUAUGUGUGGUGAGACUGAAGAAGAAAAGAUUCGAGUGGACAUCAUGGAGAACCAAAUAAUGGAUUUCCGCCUGCAGCUGAUACGACUGUGCUAUAGUCCUGACCUUGACAAACUGAAGCCUCAGUACUUGGAACAGCUACCUGGACAACUGAAACAGUUCUCCUUGUUCCUGGGGAAAUUCUCAUGGUUUGCAGGAGAAAAGCUCACCUUUGUGGAUUUCCUCACCUAUGAUGUCUUAGAUCAGAACCGUAUGUUUGAACCCAAGUGCCUGGAUGAAUUUCCAAAUCUGAAGGCUUUCAUGUGCCGUUUUGAGGCUUUGGAGAGGAUAGCUAACUACAUGCAGUCUGACCGCUUCCUGAAGAUGCCCGUCAACAACAAGAUGGCCCAGUGGGCAACAAGAAAAUAUGCUGAGCAGGAGGUGGACUUGCACUGCUUGUUUUAUCCAUCCUGUCCCUAGGGGGGAUGUACUCUCUCUUCUCUGCUCUUUUCAAUAAAUAGCAUUUAGGCUAAAAAAA